AUGGGAAGUCCAAUUGCUGCAGAAGUGUUCUCAAGCCCCCAGGGCCCUCCUGCCGGUCUUUCACCCGAGCACAGAUGCUGUCACGAUGAUUAUGUGGGCAAUGGCGCAACAAUUCGCAAUCUACAAAUUGCCCUAGAAGACGCCGAGGCUUUGAUAAUCUCAUUAAGGGGCCGAACUGAUUCAAGAGAAGCCGAAGCAGAGUUUUCAAAGUUAAAGGAUCUUAAUAGUGCCUUGGAAGCUCGACUGUUGACUGAACAGAAUAAUUUGGCGAGCAGGGAGAAAGAGUGCGCUGUUUUGAAAAGCAAGCUCAGUCAAUCUGAAUCGAGCUUGCUCCGAAUUUGUGAGAGAGUUAGGACAAUGAUCAAGGAAGACGCUUGGAUGCUUCCCAAUGGAUUGGAAGGGAGGACGCCCAUUCCGCCACGUAGGUCUGACGAUCAGGUUGCUCCCGAAGAUUUAUUCCAGCUUCUUGACAUCCUUGAGGAAGUGAGAAAAGAUGCACUAGCUUACAAGAAAAAAGAGAUCGAACAAAAAUCUCAAUCGGAUAUUUCCGUUCAGCAACGCGAUAUGCUGAAACUACAGCGCGAGCUGACAGCCCUGGAGGUGAGUCUUUCGCUGACAACAUAUGCGUUUCUCUGGCAGGAUCGACACAACGAGUCGUUGCAGCAAUUGCGGAAAAGCCAGAAGCAGUACGCUGAGGCCGAGUCCCAUAACAUAGAAUUAACGCUACAGAUCGACGAAUUGAAAGCCACGACCAAAGAACUCCGAGCGCGUACCGAAAAAUUGAAUCAGGUUAAUGAUUUAAGCAAAGCGAACGCUGAACUAUCGACCGAAGUGCAGCAGCUGAGAAGGCAGAUUGUGCAGAAGGAAGAUACAAUGCAGAGUGAGCGGACGCGAGUGGAACAGUUCACAGAGACAGACGCUGCGCCCUUGAACGUCGCCGCAACCCAAACAACGCCACCAGAAAUCCCUACGGAUGUGUCAAUGUCCGAGGUGCCCAGAACGCCGCCCGAGAGUGUGGGCCGCUCGCUAGGAGUGGAAGUUGUGGGCACUGCACUUAGCGGGUCCAGAGUGACGCAUCGAACAUCAUUGAAGAGGGCAUUGAGUCCGACGUUUGGUAGUCAGGAAGCGAACAUGUCCACCAACGAGGGGGAGCUUGAAAUUGGGCCUAACGCCUCGCCUACGCCUCAGAUAGACAAGUUGUACACUGGUCCGGUCGUCCCCACACUGACUGCGACAUCCCCGAGAGCGGCUGCCAUUCACCACCCUUCAUCGAUCACUUUGUCACAAACACCAAUUGGCCGCUGCUUCGGGGAGGUCGCCCAGCGCAUGGCGAAUGCUUUGCGAACGAUGCCUAUGCCCAUAAACGAGACAUUCCCUGCCGGAAUCGAGGACCUCGGACCGAUCAAUCUCACCUGCGAGCCCCGACUGCCUGGACUCUCUCAAGAAAUCAUCUAUGUGGAGGAGACUUCAAGCAACGAGUUUUCGAGCCACGAUCGAGCCACGACAGCUCUAGAGGGAACCCAAGACGACGCACCUCAAGACGUGCCGUAA